AUGCGGUCGUACCGCCUUCCUCUGUGUGUAUGGAGUCUAUGGUCGACAGUUUCUGCUCAAACGGAAUCGUCAGGAGCCCAAGUCCAAGCAGCACUGGAAAGCCUCACGAUUACAAACGUCGACGAUGUUCGCGGUAAUCUUCACCUACCGAGCGCAUCCGAGAACUACAAUGUUACCUGGAUGAGUAACAAUCCCUCGGUGAUAUCUGCGGACGGCACUGUGCAAAGACAAAGCGCUGACACCGUUGUCAAUCUUACAGCGAUCAUCGAUCAAGAAGGAACAACUUCGAAUCGCACGUUCAGUGCCAACGUACGACAAGCUGUCGAACUUGAUCCGUUCGAGGGCUAUGCGUUUGCGUACUUCACGAACAACACGUUAGCGGGCGAGAAAAUCUACCUAGCAGCCAGCGAGGGCAACAAUGCAUUGGGCUGGACAGAGCUCAACAACGGACAGCCCAUUCUCGCCUCUUCCGAAGGCACGAAGGGACUGCGUGAUCCCUUCGUAAUCCGCUCGCCGGAAGGUGACAGAUUCUAUCUGCUCGCCACUGACUUGUCGAUUGGAUCCGGCACUUCCUGGGGAGAUGCUGUCCGUAUUGGGAGCUUGUAUCUGGAGAUUUGGGAAUCAAGCGACCUCAAGACAUGGUCACAACAACGACACGUCAAGGUUUCUCCCUCCACGGCUGGAAACACCUGGGCACCUGAGGCAUACUACGAUACCGAUAUUGGAUCGUACGUAGUGUUUUGGGCAUCAUCUCUGUAUGAAGAGAGCGAUACGAACCGCACGGGAGCAACCUACCACCGCAUGCUUUAUGUGACCACGCGAGACUUCGUCACAUUUAGCGAACCCGAGAUUUGGCAGGAUGCUAAGAUGUCACGAAUUGACACUACAGUCAUCCAGGAGGGCGCCACGUUUUAUCGAUUUACCAAAGACGAAGGUGGUACAGGCACCAACUGCACAGACAUCAUUCAAGAGCGCUCGGACUCCCUUCUUGCUCCUGUUGAAUCAUGGUCUCAGGUUGCCGCAUGCAUUGGUCGUAACGCUGGUACAAGCAAUGUCGAAGGUCCGACAGUAUUCAAAGCCAACCCAGGUGACGUCCAUGGCGAGAAGUACUAUCUUUUUGUCGACGAGUACACUGGACGUGGAUAUAUCCCACUAGAGACGGAUGAUAUUUCUAAGCCCAACUGGAAGGUUUCCAGUUCGUACAAGCUCCCGACUAGCCCACGUCACGGCACUGUAGUCCCCGUGACUGCACGAGAGCUUUCAGGUCUAACUGCGCAAGAGUCUGCUGGUCUGAAUGCACGAGAGCUUGCUGGUCUGACUGCAAAGACAGGCAGCCCUGUACUUCCUGGUCUAUAUGCGGAUCCAAACAUCGCCGUUUUUGGUGAAAACUACUACAUCUAUGCGACAACUGAUGGCUUCCCCGGCUGGGGCGGCAACGUUUUCUAUGUAUGGAAGUCCCCUGAUCUCGUCUCUUGGACGCGAUCAGCCGAGCCCUUCUUGACCCUCAAUGGGACAAACGGCAACGUACCUUGGGCGACGGGGAAUGCCUGGGCUCCGACUAUCAUCGAAAGGGACAGCAGGUACUACUUUUACUUCAGUGGUAACAACCCCGAGUACGACCGUAAGACCAUCGGCGUUGCUGUUGCAGACUCACCAGAAGGGCCUUUCACUGCCCAACCGAAAGCCAUGAUCUUGAACAUUGGAGACUCUUCCAACGGAAACAUCACCACGGGCCAAGCAAUUGAUCCUGAUGUCUUCCAAGAUCCAACUACUGGCAAGUACUAUAUCUUCUGGGGCAACGGAGGGUCAGACAUUACGCCCGCACUCUAUGCUGAGCUCACCGACGACAUGCUCUCACUGAAAAACGGCACCACUCGGGUCAUUACUGGUCUUCCCGAGUUUCGCGAGGGCAUCUUCAUGAACUACCGCAAAGGCCUCUUCCAUCUUACUUACUCCAUCGAUGAUACUGGUUCAGAGAACUACCGAGUGGGAUACGCGACAUCUAGAAGUGUUCAUGGACCAUGGACAUACCACGGUAUCAUACUCCAGAAGAAUCCGUCGCUUGGUAUUCUCGCCACUGGACAUAGUUCCAUCAUCAACGUACCGAACACUGACGACUGGUACAUGGCGUACCAUCGGUUCGCUAUACCAAACGGCAACGGAACGAACAGGGAAACUACCAUUGACAGAGUGUACUUUGACGAACAGGGCUUGAUCAAGCCUGUUGUGCCUACACUGGAAAGUGUGCCCCCGGAGACGAUUCCUGCGUAA